CACCAGAAGACGGCGCAGUGUUUGGGUACUCGCACAGGUUAGCUUGUUGCUAACUCCACAAUGGACUGCGCUCCCAGUCUGUGUCCCGCCGUCACUCAAGAGAUACAGAACGGCCCAGAAAUGUGCGACGGCUCCUCGAUGGAGGACGGGUUGGUUGACGCUUUUGGGGAUCUGGCUGCCCUUCCGGUGGAGGCUGGCGAGAGAAGACCGACAUGUUUCCGUUGCCGUCGCCCUCAGAAGGUGUGUCUAUGUCCUUUUCUUCCACCACAACCCCUGGAGGUCUCCACAUGUCUGUACGUAGUGCAGCAUCCUGCAGAGGAGAGCCGAGUACUCCGCACAGUUCCUCUACUUGCUGCUUGCUUGCCACAAGGAAAAUGCAAUGUCAUAGUUGGAAGGAGAUUUAAUGAGGAAAAGCACCCGGAGCUGGCUGCGGUGUGUCGGGACAGCAGAACGCUGAUUCUGUACCCAGGACCUAAAUCGGAGAACCUUGAGGAGUUGGUGCAAUACCAAGAAGUGGGCACUGCGAAACAUAAUGUCAUCAUCAUAGACGGCACCUGGAGCCAAGCCAAAAACAUGUUCCUCAAAAACAGCCUUUUCCACCUGCCCAAACAGGUGCAGCUCAAUAGGACUUUAUCAAGCCAAUACGUGAUCCGCACACAACCUUCCAACAUCUGUCUGUCUACUCUGGAAUGUGCCGCUGUCGCUCUGUCGAUCCUGGAGCGGAAUGAUGAGAUCCAAGAGGUUCUGCUCAAGCCCCUGAAAGCACUCUGCUCCUUCCAGCUUCAGCACGGCGCUCAGAUCCAUCAUAGCAAGGAACAUCUGCUGAAGAAUGGCAUGUACGACAAACCCAUGCCAAAGAACAAGCGCAAGAUAAAGAGGAUGGAGAAACUCCUCAGUGACCACAGCAUCUGCCCCAGAUGAGGGCAUGUCAGAGCAGAGAGGACAGGCCCGAUUCAGCUCUGCUUCUCCUGCUGUUUGCACUGUGUUGGACUGUGCGAUCAGAGUACAGGCAUGGAAACUAUGAGACAUAAGGGGACUUUUUUCCUUUUUGUUUUUUUGUAAAAACACUUGUAUAUGCUGAUAAAUAUAAUUUAUGUAUUUGUCAUUAAUUGUAAGUAAAUUACUGACAAAUAAUUGUUGUACUUGAAGCAUCAGAGUUAAGAAUAAAUUAGGUUUCUUACUUUGUUUACAUCACAAUAGCUUGAAUUUUUUAGAAAACGUGUGGUGGUUCUGUUGUGAUUGGAUUCACGUGGCUAUACAGCGGGUCACAUGUGGAAGGGCCGAUUCCACUGAUAUUUUCAAUAAGCAAAAUUUCAAUUUCCACAAAAAAUAAUAAAAGAAACUGAAAUAAACACAAAACCUACCAAAGACAAAUAACACACUGGUAAGAAGAGUGACAACUGAAACUUGCACUAUACUGUAUAAAUGUAUAGCUUUAUAAAUGGUGUUUGGAGGCUUGCCAAUAAUGUUUGUUGGAUGUUACAAAAAGCUGUUUAAGUAUUGCAGUUUUUCUAUGCCACAAACUAUCAGUAAAAUGGAAAACAAAUCUCAUUUUAGGAAUAUGUGUAGAAUUUUUCUUUUGUUUACACCAAAUUCUGGUCCUACUAUCUAAAUGUCGCAGCAGAUAUCCCAUGUGCUUCAGUGUUCAACGUGUUGUGAAUUCAGAGAUGCUCUUCUGCAUACCUUGCUUGUACUCAGUGGUUAUUUGGUUUACUGCUAUCCUCCAAUCAGCUCAAAGCAGUCUGGCUGUUCUUCUCUUUAUUCAUUGCUUUUCUCUCCAGGGCAUACCUCCACCUUUCUAGGUUAUCUUCCACAUGCUCUCUACUCUCACUACAGUUCAGUGUCCUCUGCAAACAUCAUAGUCCAUGCCAAGUCCUACCAAACCCCAUCUGUGAACUUGUCCAUCACCACUGCAAACAAGAGGGGAGUCAGAGCCGAGCCCUGAUGUAACUCUUCUCUUCCACUGUCUCAUUGUCCUCACAUGUCCUGCACCACCCUCUGUACCCCACUGCUGCUCACUGAUUGUCACCUCUUUUCUUAACCUAGCUUAAACAACUCCUUCACAUUUGUUUAUAGUAUGGCUCAUCAGCUUUAUCCAUCUGUGUAUACAUAAUUUAAAUCGUAAUGUAUUGCAUGUCCUAAUAUUUGCCUGUCAAAUGUAGAAAAGAGAACUCCAA